GCCCAUUUUGUCUAAUCUCAAGUCAAGUCCUGAUUGAACUGCAGACUCGACCAAACGGUAUCGUUUCUACCGCUCCUCAUGACCCGAACGGGGCAAGCUCACGGAGACGACGAAAAUAUCGCCGCCCACCGCUCAUCCUCCGCAGCAAAUCUUCCACGGCGAUACAACGACGAAACCGCUGGUUAGCGAGCCGACAGCUCUGGAAGAUAAACCUGUCACGAGCUUUUGCGACACGUGUACAGUGGACACCUGUCACCUUCCGCAAGCAAAAGAAAAGGUUUCCUACGCAGUCAUAUUUAUUGGGGGAAACGAAAUGACAAUAAUAGAGACAGAAAACACCCGCGCUGCUGAAAGUAAGAAAGAGAGGGAGAGAGUGAGUGAGUUCUGGAAGAAGCUAGUUGGGAAAAGUGAAGGAAGGGAAAAGGAAGAAUUGAGGUUUGAGGAGCAAAAAUGGAGGGCGAGCCGACUCGGAUAAUGAUCGCGGUGAACGAGUCAUCAAUCAAGAAGUAUCCGCACCCGUCCAUCAGCUGCAGGGGAGCUUUCGAGUGGACUCUGGAGAAGAUCGUCCGCUCCAACACUUCUGGAUUCAAGCUCCUCUUCCUCCACGUCCAAAUCCCCGACGAGGAUGGUUUUGAUGACGUGGACAGCAUAUUCGCAUCUCCUGAUGAUUUCAAGCAAAUGGCUCGUAGGGACAAGGCUAGGGGUCUUCAUCUGCUGGAGUAUUUCGUGGAUAGGUGCCAUGAGCUUGGGGUUGCCUGUGAGGCCUGGAUUAAGAAGGGUGAUCCGAAGGAGGUGAUCUGUCGCGAAGUGGAUCGGGUUCACCCGGAUUUCCUGGUCGUUGGAAGCAGGGGUCUCGGCCCUUUCCAGAGGGUGUUUGUUGGGACUGUGAGUGAGUUUGCCCAGAAACAUGCUGAGUGCCCCGUGAUCUGUAUCAAACGCAGAGCUGAUGAGACCCCUCGGGAUCCAGUUGAUGACUGAUGUUCACGCACAAUGUUUCUUCUUGGCGUGUGAUCAAUUGCGGAACUGUUAGAUUGUGGGUUUCAGGGUGCGAACAGAAAGAUUAAGAGCAUAUGAAGUGGAUGGACUGAGUGUUGGUGAAGGGUUCAGAGUUCUGUGAAGGGGAUGAACCGAGUGUUAAGUGGUAUGGAAGAUGAACGACGAAAUAUUGGUAUAACGUGCAAUUCUUUUGUUCUUUUGGUGGAACUGUAAUCCUGAAAUUCGGCUCGUAAUUUUCUCUGCUUCCAGUCUUUUAUAAAGCAAUUGCCCCAUUAUAGUGCUAAAACUACUACACUGAGAUAGUACUCCAGGUGGAAACUACAUUCACUGCUUGAGAGAAAGCAAAAAAUGAUGCCAUGACCGUGUGUGGUGUUGCCAUGAGUAAAAGUUGAGAUGAACA